CAUGUAUAUUGCAGUGUAAAUUCAAGCCUCGUGCAUGUAUAAGGAUGUUUAUUACGUUCUGGAUGACGGAUGGGUUUACUAAUUUAAGUUGGUAGUUUUGUUGUUGUUUCCUUUUUUGGUUCUUUUUUAUUUUUGGUUAACUGAAAUUUUGGUUAACCGAUAUUCAGUUAACCGGUGCUACGGUAUGGGUAAUUGUAUUGAAUAUAUAGUUACCAAAAUCUCGGUUAACGAAAAUGAAGAGGUACCCGUCCGCGGAGAGAUGGAGGAACGGGUAGAGGUUAUUCCCGCCGGCGUUCCUCUGGAAGGUGCGGUGGAGGAAUGGGAGGUCAACGGGUUUAGGCAUGGUGGACAACCUAGGAACGAAUUCAUAAGUGAAAGCCCUUUUCCCGCCAACUAUGAUGACCCUAUCGUUCCUUCCGGGGAGAACCUGAUUAGAAGCGUACCAUCUCUCAUCAGACAAGUGUUUCUUCCCCGUCUUCCAAUCGCAAAGCUUGUUCGUGCAAGGGGGGAAGUACUGGAUCCGGCGGGAGCCGUCUCUGUACCCUCCGGUCUGCAUGAUGGUGCCGUUGCUAAGGAUGGAGCCGGAGGAGCACCACGUGUCGGAGAUGAAAUGGAGGGGGCGGAUGGUGUUGCUGGAAACGUCGUACUCGACGGAGUGAGCGUAGCAAGCGGGGUCCGAUAGGUCUUCCCUGGAGCCCUUGCACCGGGUGCCGUUGAACCGGCGCCGGAGCUGGAAGCCGGACCUACCGGAGCCUCUCUGGUCGAAGAACACGACCGUGUUGCGGUGGGUCAAGGCCAUGUGCAUUGCCACAACUCCGGUGUUUUCCAUUAGAAGCUGCCACCGACCUUGUCCCGUCGCCGCCGCGUCGCUGACCCCAUGCUGGACCGCCGAUGUGUUUAAGGCGGCUUUGGAGGGUCUGAUUAUAAGGAACAAGAUUACCAUGAACGCCGUGCAUAUGGUUCGGAAUUGACCGUUCAUUCUUGAUAUCAGGCCGGCGGGAUUAAUCAAUUAAAGAAACUUUUCACAGUACAGUUACAAUGAAUGUUUAUUUUUAAGCAUCCUUAAAUUCUCCGAAGAAUGCUCUUUCUUAUAGGGA